AUAUUAGUGAAACGUUUAAAAUUAACCGAUUUGGGUGUGUUAAUAGCGAAGAAAUAGACAGUUUUAUAGACAAUAAUACCCCGAAGAAUACAAUCAAAAGUCAAAAUAGUGUAUGGAAUCAGUUUAUGAAAUUUUGCGUUCAGCGCAAAUAUGUUUUAUCAAAUGAUAAAACUGUUGCUGAACUAUGUAAUAUCUUAAAAGAUUGGGCUUGGAACAUGAAAAAAGAAGACGGAAGCGACUACAAAGAGUAAUCUUUAAAGUGUAUGUGGAACUCAACUGCUAAGACGUUUCAAGAAAUAUAUCUUAAAAAAUUUAAUAUAAAGAUAGAUCUAUUUCAAGGUAUCUAUUGAAUUUAAAAGUGCUCGCGAUGCACGAAAUGCAAAAAGACAGGAAUUGCAGAAAUUUUCAGAGAAAAGGAAACAAAGUUCUAAGCUUAAUACAUAUACACGAUAUUAUUGACAAAUUGGAUGACCAAACUCUAGACGGUCUCCAAAAGAUUUUCUAUUAUUUGGCUUCCGUGGAAUUAGCUUGGCGCGGUGGCGAAGACGCAACAUGUUUAACAGAAUAUUUUAAAUUUGAAACCUCUGAAGAUGGUAAAGAGACAGGCAGGUUAGAAUAUAAUCCUAUUGUUACGCAGCACUCUGCAGUAGCCUGCAGCUAUCAUAGGAAACGUCAUAAGUAAAAGUACAAGUAAAAGAAGAUAGACUAUGGUAACAUUAUUGUGGUUCAUCAUCUAUUCAACCAUACUUACAGAUGGAUGACCAGCAUCAUCAAAGUGUUAUUAACCAACUUCGAGGACAUACAGAAAGUCAAGCUUUCACUUCUGUGAAUAAUGAUUUUAAUCCGGUAGAAGAAAGUCAAGUUUCUACUGCUACCAUGAAUACCGCUACUUCGUCAAAAGCAGGACGAAUGUCCCAAAUUAUGCAAACUGGAAAUGUCACUUACAAUAUUUGUUCUUUUAACUUUAACUAAUUUUUUUUUUUAGUUACAACUAGGGCUCUAGAAAUAAUCUUACUAAAUAUAUCUCGACCUUAAAUUAGAGCCUAUUUUUAUUGUUACUAAAUUUUUCGUGUAUUUUGCAAUUUGUCUCGACAAUUUUGUCAUUAAUAAUCAAAAAUUAUUAAUGACAAAAUUUUGUCUGGACAAAUUGGUACCAAAAAACACUCAAAAUUUAGAUACAAUAAAAAUAGUCGACUAUUUACCAAGGUCUCGUUAUAUUACAAUGAUAAUUAACAUUUUUUUUGUUUAUAAGAAAAUACUUCUUGAUACUUUUACUAUGAGCUAAUAAAUUUUAAUGUAUAAUUAGAAGCGACCAAAUGCCCAGAGAAGUUGAACCUUGUUUUUAUUUGCAAUAAAACGGCAUCGCAUAUUUCUAAGGCUUCGCGUUUUCUGCUGUUCUCUUCAAUUCGUGCCUUUUUUCUUAUUGGUUCACCAGUUUCUCCUUGCGACGUGUUUAUUUCUCCUUGAAUAUUGUCAAUAAUGCUGUUCAUUUGCUCCCGUAUACCUUGAAUGGCUACUUUGAAAUUCUCCAAAUCUUUCUUAACCUUAACAGAAUCUGUGCAUACUUUUUGUAAUUAGUUAAAAAUAUUUUCCACGUGAGGCAUUAUUUAAUGAAAAAUAUAAAAUAUAAAAUUUUUAUCCUGAAGUUUUAAUUUGUAAUCACUUGCUUGAUUAAUAGACGACGAAUCGCGUGAAGUAUUUUCUAUAAUGUCCACAACUGUAAUGAGGUCUUUCUAUUCUCCUAAACAGUUUGAACACCUCACGAUUGGAAAUUCCAAAGAUCUCGGCAGCCUUCGAUU